GUUUAGGAGUGAUCGUGUGAUGAAAAGUUAAUCUAAAGAUUUGACAGAAUUUCUCUUGCACUAUCUGUAUACAUUGUAAAGGCCUGGCCCUAGGCCUUGGCCAAGAGUUCUUAUUCAUUGGCACCUGUGAGGUGGUUGUACACAUCCAACUCGUCAAGAUGAUAGUCCAGCGAGACAUCUUGACGUCCUUCUACACCUUCCUUGAAGGCCUCGAGUUCACCCGCCCCAGCGAGGACACCCAGGACCCAAAUGAGCUCCUUAUUCUUGCGUUGAUCAUGGAGGACCUUGGGUUAUUCAAGAGAAGAUGGACACCGGCUGCCAAACUUUACAAGCAUUCAGGAAAUGGCUUCAACUUUCUCCACAUUGCGGUGGUGAGAGGGUCCAUUGAGAUAAUACGUUUCCUCCUGAAUGAGGGUAUGGACCUUAAUGACAAUGCCAAGGGAAUAUCUAAAGAUGCCUGCUAUAGUGACCUUUCAUGUUUACAUCUGGCAGUUACGGAGAAAUCAAAAGAUGUGGUGCUCUUGUUGCUUCGCAGUGGAUGUUAUACUGAGUGUCAUUUACGGGUUAACAGGCAAGAGGUUGUCCCUGCGUCUGCUGCGACCGGUACAGAGUCAGAAAAGGAGAAAAAAGAGUAUAAAGGCACUGAAAAGAAGGAUGGAAAAGAGGAGGAAAAGGAGGAUGUCUCGAAAAAAGAACCUCAUAUUCUUAGCGGGAUGACACCAUUACAUUUUUCAGCGUUACUGAGUCAUCUUGAUAUCAUACAGCUGCUUAUCGACCACCGUGCGAUCAUAAACGCUGCCACCGAUCAUGGCUUUAUGUGUCUUCAUUUGGCUUCCAUUCACAAUUUCGGCGAUUUAGCUGAAAUGUUGUUGACUAAGCGCAUCUUGAAAGAAGUGCGCGCAAAAGAUGGUGCGACUCCUCUCUUCUUGGCAGCAUCUCAUGGUGCAGUCAAAGUUCUUAAUAUCCUCAUUGCAGCUGGUUGUAGCGUGAAUGCACAAAUAUCACGGGGAAUCACUGCUUUACAUUCUGCUGCGCAACGAGGUUAUGUUGAAAUCAUCAACAUUCUGUGUGCAGCGGGAUGCGACAUUGACCCGAUUGCUGACUUUGUUGACAAGAAUGAUGAAGUUGUCUUAGCUGGGACGACCCCUCUCCAUGUUGCCACGGCAUCAGGAAAACGGUACUGCGUCGAAGCGCUCCUGAAACAUGGUGCUGACCCGAACCUGAAAUACACAAGUAAAGAACAUGGCAAAGACAUAACAUCAUUUCAUCUCGCUAUCAACAAACAAUCAGAAAUCAUAUGCCGAAUUUUACUGAAAUAUGGCGGGGAUAUAAAUGCCCAAAACGGUGAGGGAUUCACGCCAUUGAUGUUAAGCGUUUAUGAGAAGAAUAUGCAUCUGAGUAAGUUCAUCCUAAAGCAGCAAGGGGUGGAUGUAAAUAUCGCGCUACCGUCCGGUGCUACUGCACUUGUUUCCGCCCUAUACCAGGAUAGUAAGGAAUUUGUGGAACUGAUUUUGAAGGAACCAGCGAUUGAUAUCGAACAGACGUUUUCCUGGAUGGAUAUUGCGGGUCAGAAGCAGAGUGACGUGACGCCACUGCACCUCGCCGUCGGGAAGGGCAUGAAGGAUAUGGUCGAGAUACUCCUCAAACAUGGAGCAGACGUCAACACAAAGAUGUCUCAAAAUGACGGAACUGAUCUCAAUGUCUCCCUGAUGCACACAAUAUCCAACUGCAAACAUCACCAUCUUCGUGACAUUCUCUACGACGCUGGCUGCCCCAUCGAUAGUGAGUCGACCAAAGGUAUCACCCCCCUCAUGAUCGCUGCCUUGUAUGGAGACACGGAGCAUUUCAAGUUCCUUGUUGAAAGAGGUGCAAACAUCAACAAGAGAGACAACACAAACCAAACAUCAUUGAUGCAGCUUGCCAAGAAGGGAAGCGCUGGUCUCAUUAGAUAUCUGGUUGAGAAAGGAUGCGAGCUCGAUGUACAGGAUGAUCAAGGUUACACCGCACUCCACUGGGCAAUCAGCUAUGGCGAAAACCAAAUUGCUCACUUCCUGGUAGACAGCGGAUGCGAUGUCAACCUUGUCAGCAAGAAAGUUCUCCACCGAGACAACCUCACCCCUCUUAUCCUUGCGAUCGAGUAUUGCAGGGUUGAUGUGAUCGAGAAACUCUUAUCGAAGGGGGCACAUGCGACGACGUGUUACAUGAGGGACUUGACGCCGUUACAUUUGGCCGCUCAGCUGAAUAAAGUAGAGAUGAUGAGCGUCAUGAUAAAGUAUGGUGCUGACAUUGACGCUAAAUCAACCGAGGGUGAAACACCCCUCCAUUUUGCCCUGUUGUUUGAAAGUCCAGGAGCAGCAAAACAUCUGGUUAAAGCGGGCUGCGACCUUCGAACGAAGGCAAAAAUCAGUACGAUUUUGGAUGAGAUGGGCCUCCAUUUAGCAAUACAGAGGGAGUACACAGAUGUCAUUGACUUGGUAGCGGAUUUCGGAUCUGAGUUACAUGAGUCGAUCGUUGUGAAUAACGUCACAGGUGUCACACCGCUCCAUUUAGCCUGCGUUGAUAAUAAGACGGAGAGUUUGAAGAAGGUUAUCGGGCUCGGUGCUGACAUCAAUCAGAGGCGUGGAGAUGAUUUCACAGCUUUGCUAUCAGCGGCUACGAAAGGAAACGAGGAUUCAGUCAAGUUGCUCCUCGAACAUGGAGCAGACGUUCACCCAACAGUGACGGUAAAUAACUGCUCUGAUGUGCGACCGCUAGACAUGGCGGGACAAAACGGCUUCCUUGAAGUCAUAAAGCUCCUCAUUCAAGGCGGUGCCAAUGUCAUGGAUGGAUUACGAAAUGGCAGUCGGCCGGGAAUACUGCCGCUCUUCUCCGCAGCAGAAAACGGAUAUUUUGAAGUUGUGAAAUAUUUCAUAAACUUUGGCGUCGAUGUGAACGCACAGGAGGACGGAGGCUUGAGUGCGUUACAUUACGCGUCAAUAGGUGGCCAUGAAGAGAUUGUGGAAUAUCUACUCAACAGCGGCGCAGAUCCAAAUCUCCGCGGAAAAUACAACGACCGUGCCGAUAUGGCGUCACUUCAUUGCGCUGCAGAGAAUGGUCACAUGGAUAUAUGCGAUAAGUUAAUCGUUGCUGGAGCGGAUAUUAAUGCAGUUUGUAUCCGUGAUGAUAAAGGAGGGAAUACAGCGACAAUGGUGGCAACAUUGGAAGACCAACCAGAGGUGCUCGUACUCUUGAGUCUUGGCUAUGGUGGUGAUGUCAAUAUUCAGACCAAAACAGGUCUCGCCCCACUCCACGUAGCGGUCCAAAACGGCUCCAAGGAAGCGUUUGAGAUCCUGUUGUUAGCUGGUUGUGAAACCAACAUCAAGACAAACCAGGGAAUCACGGCACUGAUCCUCGCAGCAGAGCAUGGCCAUGUGGAGAUGGCGCGGGCGUUGAUUGCGUCAGGCUGCGACGUACAAGCUUCAUGCACAGUUGUGGAUAGUGCGGAUGUGGAGAGUUAUAAUGUCACAGCCAUCCACCAGGCAGCAGAGUUUGGUCAUGUCAAGAUUCUCAAGAUGUUGAUACACGCCGGUGCAAGUGUCAACAUCACCCAAAGCUACGAAGGGCGUUCGGGUAUCACUCCUCUUCAUUGCGCCGCCUUGACGGGCAAGGCAGACGUGGUGCCCAUCCUCAUUGAGGCUAAAUGUGACAUCAAUGCCCAGACAGCAGAGGGACUCUCAGCCCUUCAUCUAGCCGUCAAGGGGGGCUACAUGGAAACUGCUAAGACCUUGAUCGACUUGGAUAUUAACCCAACACUGAAGUCCAAGGCCGGAGAGAUUGCCUCUGCCUUCGCCCACUCCACCGAACUCACACGGAUGUUGCUCAAUUACGAAGCUGCCUGGAAACUAAAACACCAGCGACCGAACCUGAAGAAGAAGCGCAUGAGUCUUCAUCAACGCAUGAGUCUCGCACAAAUCGAGGUCUUCAGCACAAAGGACUUCGUCGACAGCACGGACCAGGGCGGACGGGAAAAUCUUGGAGGGCAGGCUGAGGAGGGGGAGGGACAGGAGGCUGCACCUGUUCCCCCACCACAGCCGCCUGCUGCACCCCCUGCCGCUGCCGGGGGAGGAAGUGCAGGGUCCCCUCGUGGCGGAGGUCAGAGUCAGCCUGAGGUGCCAUUGAACAUGCCGAUUAGCGGCAGUUAGAACCUGGUCUCUGAUUGACAGGACUCCAAAUAAUCAUUGGAUUAGAAUAUCUGUGAUAGACAAAGUAUACACAAUAGACUCGGCUGUAAGUGUGACAUGAUGUUCUCUAUGGUAACCAAUCACAUGCAUAACCGCACACAAAAUCUGGCAAUUUGUUUCAGCGUCUGCCAAUCAUGGCGUUGAUUCAAAAUCCUCGAAGGAGCAGAUGGCAUAAAGCAGCACCCGAAAGGAUUCUCUGACUGGAAAGCCAGCAUUGUGAGGAUAAGGACACUGUGCUCUUGGACUUGAUGCAUUAUGAAUAUAACUUGUAGAUGAACUGAUAAUAUAAAUGAUUAUAUUUUGUACCAUCAGUGCCUUGCUAUGCAUCCUACCUCUGUUAUUUAAAGGCUGAUGCCAUCUGUUCAAAAUUUUAAGUAGAUUUUUUUAGUUAUGUAAAUGCACAUUGAAUAUGAAUUUCAACAUUGCUGUUGUGUAUGUCAAUAUAGAUACACUCGUAGGUCAAAUUUCAUUACAUUGUCAUAUGUACUGAAUAAUAUGCAAUACACAUAUAACAUCUCAUCAUAUAUGUGACGAGUCACAGCAAACCCAGGCACAUGUCGCACAUAUCCUGGUGUCAUUUAGGUUCAUCUUCUGUGCGACAUGCGCCUGGUUUUGCUCUGACUCGUCACGUAUUUUCUGUGCCAAUUGUUGUAUGUUGUAGCCGUGCCAUGAUUCUAUAUAUAUUUUCUUUAUAUUUAUUCAAGUAUAUUAGGUGCAAUUAACUCUUUUGGCUUGUGAUAUUAUAUAACCUGUUUUACACACAAUCUACUAAUACCAGUAGUUUACACUAUAGAAUUGUUCAAAUGUAAAUCUUAGUUUAACCCCUUUCGCUGCGGAUGUGGUGAAUAUAGCACAUGACACAUGUCCCCAUCAUGUGCGGGUGACGUGAAUAGUGUAGAAUUUUCAUCCAUCUGCACUUGGCCGCACACAUUCUCUCUAAACAUGCUGUACGCACCCAGCACCUGUGCUUAGUAAUUUCACUUGCCACUUGUUAAA